GGAAAUGAUUCAGGUCAGUCAUGUGUUUUGAAAAUAAGGUGUUUCAAUCGAUUCCUUUUUGUCUUCUUGUUCAUUUUUUACUUAACUAUGAACUUGUAUAUUCUUGCAGUUCAUAUUUUCUCUUUAUCUUUUUUUUUUGUAUAUGUCCUUGCUUUGUAACUGUUUAUCUAAAACUUCAACAUAUCACUGUUUCGUUGGUUACUUUAUUCCUAUUUCAUGUUUCAUCACUAUAUUUUUUUUUCUCUUUUAGAUACUAAAACUUAUUUACAAUUCAACUUCAACACAUAGAAUAAUGUUCAACAAUAUGAACGACGACUUCAUUCCGGAAACACCAGAAGAGUUCAUUUUAGUCGGAGCAGCGGAAUUAGCACGAACAAAUAUUAGUGCAGCUAUGGCCACGAUACGAUAUGGUAUGCCAUUGGAUUUUUCAAAAAAUCGCAUCAAGUUCGUAUAAUUGAAAUAUAUUCUAUCCUUUCUUUUGUAUUAUUUUCUUGUUAUUAGUUAUUUAAAAGAAUUGAAUCAUAUAUUUGUACGAGAACAAGAAGACAAAAAGGAAUCGAUUGAAACACCUUAUUUUCAAAACACAUGACUGACCUGAAUCAUUUCCGGAUUGUACACCUGCAUUACGUAUGUGAAAAAAAAACAACGAAAAUAAAAUGAAUUAUUCAAUAUAAAAUUUUCUAUUUCUUAUAUUAUUCCAUUUUUAAUUAUAAUUUAGGUAGAGUAGUCAAUCGAUGGGUCAAACAUGAAUUACGUCGCACAUCAGGUGCCAAAUGUUUAAUUUUAAUUGGACCAUCUGGUACUGGAAAAACUAGCUUCGCUAAAUCUCUACCAGGUUAUUAUAAUUAUUUUGAUGGACAAUGGCAAUUAGAUAUUUGGAAAAAUUUUACAUCGUAUUCCAUCUUCGACAAUAUUGGCUGGGAUGAAUUCGAAGAAAAACGAUUUCCGAACAAGAAACAUAUAUUGGCACAAUAUGGAUAUUUUAAUGUACAACAUGAAAUAGGAGUAUUCAUAGAGAUCAAUUGUACGCAACCAGCUAUUGUACUUCUUAACCAAAGCCUACAUGAAGGACAACUAGGGCGUCCACCAAUUACUUAUGAAGAGGAACGUGAAGCAAAGUUCUGGAAAGAGCAUGCCAUAAUCUAUCGAAUGGGUAAGCACACAUUCUCAUUUCAUCCAACAGAAUUCAUAUGA